CGUCUUUCGCCGCGACUCGCGCAGGAAGCGCCGCCAUGGCUCUUCCCGCCCGCUGAGACGCCGCUGCUGCCGAAAGGGCUGCUCAGAUGAGCAGUACUGGACCCAGCCCAAUGUCAGCUGUUCCAGCUAGCAGUGGAAGAGGGUCUGGGAGAUCAACAAACUUUAUUCUAGAAUUGCAAAGUAUGAUGUUUUCCUUAGGAGAUGCUCGCAGGCCCCUACAUGAAUCAGCAAUAUUGGUUGAAGACAUUGUUCACACUCAACUGAUUAAUUUGUUGCAACAAGCCUCUGAAGUGUCUCAGAUGAGAGGUGCUAGAGUAAUCUCUGCAGAAGAUCUUAUUUUUUUGAUGCGCAAAGAUAAGAAAAAACUUCGAAGAUUACUUAAAUACAUGUUUUUCCGAGAUUACAAAUCUAAAGUUGUCAAAGGCAUUGAUGAAGAUGAUCUUCUUGAAGACAAAUUCAGUAGCAGCACUAACAAACGUCAGAAAACUGCUCAAGACUUUCUUACUUCUAUUGAUCAGACUGGGGAGCUCUUGGCCUUGUUUGAAGAUGAUGAGAUAGAUGAUGUAAAGCAAGAAAGAAUGGAGAGAGCAGAAAGACAAGCAAGAGUGAUGGAUUCAGCACAAUAUGCAGAAUUCAGUGAAAGCCGUCAGUUGAGCUUUUGUAAGUAUUGUGUAAAAUUUUUACUCUCAAAGGUAGUAUUUUUCAAGUUGGUAGUAGUUAAAAAGCAAAUUCAUUUAAUGCCAAAACAAGGAAAAAAUGUCAUUUAUGCUUAACUUGCAAUAAUGGCACCGUCUCUGUUUUUUUUCCCCCAGAGGCUUUUAAUUUGUCUGGCAUGCCCACUGAAUUCACAUCAUCAAAACAUAAGGCUGUUAAAGAGAAUAUGAGAGUACAUUCAAGUUCAAUGAAUCUCAUUAUAGAUGAAUUUGGGAGUCCCUUCAUAAGAUUUCUUCUUGUACUAAUCUCUUGUACAUGUUUCACCUGCAGUAUGAUUGUAUAAAUUGAUUACACGUGAUAUUGUUG